AUGGUGGCUGGAAGGGCGCGUUUGUUUGUGGGCCAGCUAAACUUUGAGGCAACUGAGGAAGAUGUUUGUGCCCUUUUUGACUUCUACGGGAAGGUGCUUCACGUAAAUAUACUUCGCGAUAGAGGAACCGGUCGUAGCAAGGGCAGUGCAUUUGUGGAGUUUGCCUCCACGGUGGAGGCCGACUGUGCGAUCAUGGCUCUCCACAACCGCUAUAACAUGGAGCGGGAGAAGCCACUGCAGGUAUCGUACUGCGGAAAGUCCGAGGUAAUUUCGGAGUACGGUCGUGAGCAUGCCCUUAGGCUUCAUCGCGAAAAUAGUGCGAACCCUGCCCCGCCUGAACGGAAAAUUCAGCGAUGA